AUGUCCUUUUACAUCUUAUCAUUUGCUAACAGCUCAGCAGAGAAACUGAAAUCACUCCGCGACCGACGCGCCCAGCCAGCGACAGCGGCGGACUACUUCGUCCAAGACUCAACCUCAGACGGCAAAAGCUCCGGCAGGAUCACUUUUAAACGAUGCGCACUUGCCAAUCGUCUCCAUAUCCGACGCACAGAGCAGGGGGAUACCACAUAA